UUCAUUACCAACUUUUGAACUCUUUUUUAUGCUAAACAUGGGCUACAGGCAACUCUCAGUUGUGCUGUUAGUUGUCUUUCUCUGUAAAUUUUCUUUCUCUUCGACCCUGUGCCCUAUAGAUCAAAGCAUUUCGCUUCUAAAAUUCAAGGAAACGCUUACUAUAGAUCCUACGCGUAGUUGGUGUUAUCCAAAAACGGUUUCAUGGAAUAUGAGCAGAGAUUGCUGCAUAUGGGAUGGAGUGAAAUGCGAUGAGUUGAGUGGCCAUGUCAUUGAACUUGACCUAAGUUGCAGCCAGCUUAAAGGGAAGAUUGAUUCCAACAACAGCCUCUUCCAGCUCUCUCAUCUACAAAGACUUAACCUUUCUAUGAACGACUUCUCUGAUUCGCACAUUUCACCUGCAUUUGGUAGGCUUUUGAGCUUGACGCAUCUUGAUCUUUCCAGCUCGUCUUUCUCAGGUCAAAUUCCUUCUGAAAUCUCUCAUCUUUCUAAAUUACAGUAUUUUCGUAUCUAUAGUGGUGAUCUAAGACUUGUAGCUCGCGAUUUUAAAUUGCUUCUUAAGAAUUUGACUCAAUUAAAAGAGCUUGAUCUUUCAAAUGUAAACAUCUCUUCUACCAUUCCUCCAAAUUUCUCUUCUCAUAUAACAAUUCUGAAGUUGGGAUCCACAGGAUUGCAUGGGAUAAUACCUGAGAGUAUUUUUCACUUGCCAAACUUAGAAGUUCUUGAUUUACGAUCCAAUGCUCAGCUUAGUGGUUAUUUUCCAAAGACUAAAUGGAAUAGCAGCGCAUCUCUCAUAAAGUUAGAUCUCUCUAGAGUGAAUUUCUCUAGUAAUUUUCCUGAAUCUCUGAGCUAUCUAACUUCACUUCACCAUUUGUCUCUUAGAGAUUGCAAUCUUUGGGGGCCUAUACCCGAAUCCCUUUCAAAUCUCACACGCAUAGAGUAUUUGGACCUUGGAGAUAACUCCCUGAAUGGAACAAUACCAUCAUGGAUAUUAUCCUAUUCAUCGCUAAAUCGUUUAGACUUGAAGAAUAACCACUUUUCUGGUCAACUUGACGAUUUCAAGUACAAUACACUAGUUUGGAUUAACUUAAAGGGCAAUCAACUGCAAGGCCAUCUUCCCAAGUCAAUUCAAAACCUGGUGAACCUAGAGGUUCUUGAUCUUUCAUCUAACAAUUUUAGUGGUCAAGUGGAUGUUAGCUACUUUUCAAACCAUAAUCAGCUUACCGAUCUUGAUCUUUCAUAUAAUCGCAUCUCAUUGACCAAUGAGAACGAAGUUAAACUUAGUUUACCCAAAUCUCUUUUUAGGUUACUAUUGGUUGCAUGUGAAGUAAAAGAAUUGGAGUUUUUGAGAUCUGCAAAGCGUCUUAAAACUUUGGAUCUUUCAUAUAAUAAGAUUCAAGGAAGAAUUCCUAAUUGGGCAUGGUCUAAUUGGAUGUUUUCAUUGGAAUAUCUUGACCUAUCCCACAACAUGCUGGAAAGUGUAGACUCAAUUCCUCCUGAAUCUUAUGUAUAUUGGAUUGAUUUACGGUCCAAUUUUCUUCAAGGGCCAUUACCUAUUCCACCAAAUUUCAUAGAAUACUUUUUUAUAUCAAACAAUAAUCUAAGUGGGGAGAUCCCUUCUUCUGUUUGCACUGUGACAUCAUUAAGAGUUUUAGACUUGGCAAGAAACAAUUUGGAGGGAGCAAUUCCACAAUGUUUAGGUAACAUGAGUAGACAACUCGAGGUUUUGGAUAUGCAACGCAAUAGUCUUUCUGGGGAUCUUCAAAUGACUUUUAGCUUUCAGAAUGGACUCAAAAGCUUCAACUUGCAUGGCAAUAAGCUAGAGGGAAAACUCCCACGAUCGUUGGUAAAUUGCCAACAUCUGGAAGUUCUUGAUUUAGGAGACAAUCACUUUAACGACAUGUUCCCUAUGUGGUUGGGAACUCUUCCGAAGCUACAAGUUUUAAGCUUGAGAUCGAAUAAAUUACAUGGAGCUAUUAGAACUUCAAGGAUUAAUUUGUUUCCUCAGCUUCGAAUAGUAGAUCUCUCUGGCAAUGCAUUUUCAGCAGAAUUACCAACAAGUCUUUUUAAACAUUUGAAAGCAAUGAGGAGAAUUGAUCAUUCAAUGAAGGAACCAAUAGAUGGAUAUUACCAAGACUCAGUAACUCUUGUAACAAAGGGGUUGCAGUUUGAAGUUGUGAGAAUCUUGUCCUUGUACACCACUAUCGAUCUUUCCAACAACAAAUUUGAAGGACAUAUUCCUAGUGUUUUGGGAGAUCUCAUUUCACUUCGGGUGUUGAAUUUAUCUCAUAAUGGGUUACAAGGUCAUAUACCAUCAUCACUUGGAAAUCUAUCUGUAGUCGAGUCAUUGGACCUUUCGUUAAACCAACUAGCAGGAAAGAUACCAGAACAACUCGCUUCUCAGCUUACAUCUCUUGCAGUUUUAAAUCUAUCCCACAAUUAUCUUGAAGGGUGCAUCCCUAGAGGACCUCAAUUUGCUACAUUUCAGCAGAAUUCAUAUGAAGGUAAUGAUGGAUUACGUGGAUUUCCAAUUUCAAAAGGUUGUGGCAAUGAUAGGGUAUCAGAGACAAAUAAUACUGUAUCUGCACUAGAUGAUCAAGAAAGCAAUUCUGAGUUUCUCAAUGAUUUUUGGAAAGCUGCUCUAAUGGGAUAUGGAAGUGGACUAUGUAUUGGACUAUCCAUAAUAUAUUUCAUGAUUUCAUCUGGAAAUCUUAAAUGGCUUGCAAGAAUCAUUGAAGGGAUGGAACACAGAAUUAUUACGCGAAGGAAAAAGAAGCAGCGAGGUCAAAGGCAUUACAGAAGAAGAAAUAAUAAUCGCUUCUAGACAAGUUACCAAUCGAGCAAGAUUUGAUUUCAGAAUUGCAGGUAAUCAAGUUAAGCUCUACGUCAAUCUUUUAGUUUAUUGUAACUAUAGUAAUAUCUUGAGUUUUAUACUUUUGUUAUUACAACUAAUCAAUGCUCUACUAAGCAUAUGUUUCUUUCCAAAUAUCUCAAUUAGCCUUUGUUUAUGUUUUACGCUAAUAAGAAUUUAACUAUAACAUGCGACAGAAGAAGAAUCAUAUGCCACCAUUUCCUGGAGCUAUUAUAGAGGCUUUUACAGGGCUAAUGGAUUUGGCUAUUCCUAUGUUCACGUUUAAGCUUUAUUUUGUAACAUGUAUCCCAU